CGUAGAGCGCGUAUCUGACAAACGUAACCAUAACAAACUGUACUAGAAUCCACGGAUUGGAACGAAACUUGAUUCUGAAAACUUUGUGAUGUGAAUUUAUUGUGUUCUGGUGUACGAAGUUUUGUAUCGUCCACAUGACCCACCAAGAUGCUACCAAGUUGAAAUUAUCGAAAGAAACACACUAAAAUGGAUAUAGACGAGAAGGUCUCUGGGCCGGGCGGAGCUUCGCAGAAGAACUGGACCCAUCCGAACUCCAGUGAUGAGCUCCCGUUGGAUAUGCAGUUUAACCAUGGCCAUGUCAUUUCCAUCACAGUGUACAGUGUGUUGAUGGUGGUGUCUGCCACUGGGAACCUGACUGUACUGUCGCAGCUGGUGCGACGAAGACGUGCAGGCAGAGCGAGUAGACUUGAUGUUCUUCUGAUGCACUUGGCUGUUGCAGAUCUUAUGGUAACAUUUCUGAUGAUGCCGCUGGAGAUAGUAUGGGCAGCGACGGUGGAGUGGCUGGCUGGAGACCUCAUGUGCAGAACUAUGAUGUUCACCAGAACCUUCGGACUCUAUCUAUCCAGUUUUGUCCUCAUAUGUAUCGCUAUAGACAGAUACUACGCAAUUCUGAAGCCUCUAAACGUGAUGUGGGAGGCUCGCGUCAAGAGAGCGUUGCUCGUAGCCUGGGUGUGCGCAGGACUCGCCAGUCUGCCGCAGAGCUUCAUCUUCCAUCUGGAGGAACAUCCAGAAGUCAAAGGGUACUUCCAAUGUGUGUCAUACGGCUCGCUGCCCACAGAACGGCACGAAUUCGCCUACUUCCUCCUCAACAUGACGCUGAUGUACGUGGCUCCGUUGUUGUCCACUCUCUAUUGCUCCUCUGCAGCGCUGCUUGAGAUCAUACGACGCUCAAACACCGCCAAUGAUAAGAUGCGACGCAGCGGUGUCGGCAUUCUGGGCAGAGCACGUUCCAGGACUCUCAAGAUGUCGGUCACAAUUGUGUUGGUCUUCUUCACUUGCUGGACUCCAUAUUACUGCUACUGUUUGUGGUACUGGAUAGACAAAGACUUCGUAAAGAGUCUGGACCAAGCAUUCCAGAAAGCGAUGUGGCUGUUCUCGUGCACUAACUCAUGCGCUAACCCUAUCGUGUACGGGAUCUUCAACAGGAAUCGUUGGAGUUGGCGAAACGGACGCCAUACCCGCUAUCAAAACGGACGAAGAGACUCCCGGUUCCCUCACGGUGAUUCCAUGGAGAUCUCAGCAGCCACACUCGCAAGAGCCAGGCAUUCUCUACAUAGUGAGAGAAACAGCCGACGCGAUUCAACAAGGAGCUUCUUAACGCAGAACGGAACGCAAAAACACUUAAACAAUAAUAAUAAUCUAUAGCGAAGCAGGUUGAGGGUCAGUCGCAAGCCUCACUAUCUUUAGCCUCAGUCUGAGGCCAGAAUUCAAGUGUGUGUCUCAUAUGAUAUAUAUAUAUAUUCAUAAAUGAGUUGCAUUUUGUAAUUCAAAAAUGAGACAGAUAUAUGGAGGAUAAAGGUGAGGAGAAUCAUCUGUUUAUAUGAAAAGAUGUCCGUCAAAAUGUAUUAUGAAUGAGGGUGGCGCCAAAGUAGCACCAGGGUAAAUCUUAAAAAAAGCACCAAAUAUUAAGUAUUUCUAAUUACUAUUCAAGGUAAGGUUAUAUUUUCUGCAUUAUUGUAAUAUAUUAUAUAGUCGACAAUAAUAUUAAUUUUUUUAACUCAGCAAACUUCAAUUCGUUUACAAUUGCUACAUUCACUAUACUUCAUAGUUCAUACCAUACCCUGUGCCUACCAAGGCCAUUGUGGAAGAUUUUUGAACUGUUAUAUACUGCCAUAAGCUGGACACUUUUUCAACUUUUCUUCUAUAUGAGAUGAUUCUCCUUGCCUGUACAAUAGUUAGAUAUUAAAAUACGGGCUUUGAAAAUUACAAAGGUGAGUUUUAGUGUACAUGACAUGCUAUGAAAAAGUGCACAUUGUAUAUACAAUAAUUAUGUAGUUUUUAAUAUUGUAACAUACAACACAGUUCACAUUUACAUAACAAUGUGUUUAUGAUUGCUUUACUUCUCACAAACUAGAUGGCGCUAGUAUGAUAUUGUAACACGCUAUCUUCUAUUAACGCUCGUCUCAUGUAACGAAUUUGUAUUUUACCCUUUAAGUUAGACUCAAGGUCAACGUGGCGAAGACUCAGGCGAUUUCCAUCGGGCGGGCGCGCUUAUUGCCGCCCCCGGUGUCACUUAUGGGCGCGACCGUCGAAUGGUCCCCGAAGGCUAAAUACCUUGGUGUGACCAUCGACAGGACCCUCUCGAUGCGGCCCCAUGUGAAGAACGUGGUCGCCUUGACGCGUGCCGCAAGGAACUUUCUCCGCCCUGUGCUGUCGUCUCACCUGCUUUCUCCGUACGAAGCUGUGCCUAUACAAAGCGUACGUUCGCACGCGACUCACAUAUGCGGCCCCCGCAUGGUUCGCGCCAUACCUUCGACGACCGCCGGACAUAAGAGGACUACCUCGUGACCUAGUCUCCUAAGACACGACUGCUACCUCGCUGCUGGCUGAUGGGCGCUUACCGGUUGACUACCGGCGGGCUCGAUCGCACUGCAGCAGGACACCACCGGACAUUACACCAUGGACCAACCGGUCCCACCCAGUGCCCCGCCUGUAAUUGCAGGCGGCGACUAUAUCACUGAAAUCGCCAUCGCCCCGAACAGUUACCCCGAGGCCCGUGAGGGCCUACGCGGAAGACCCAGGUCGUCCUUUUAGUUAAUAUGAAUACUGUAGUGCAGUGAUUAUUUGUGUGUAUACCUGAGUGUUCGCAAUGUAAUAUUAUCUUUUAUUAUAACAAUUAUAUUACAUUGUGUACAGUUACACUCCACAAAUAUUCACUGGACAACACUGUUCAAAUAAACAUUAAUAAUAAUAGAUAUUGGAUACAAUACAAAUUUCUUACAUGAAACGAGCGUUAAUACUUAUAUAAGAUAGCGUGUUAGGUUAGUAACACAUAUCUGAUAUCAUCCAUGAUCCAUUCUAAAUUCUAAUAGAACAUAGUUAUUACUUAUUUAUGCCACUGUCAUGAGUGUUUAAUACUCACGAGUGUUAUAAUGGCUAAUUAGGUGCAGUGGCAUACAAUACUUUUCAUAUGACCAAGACCCCAUUUUCUAUAAAUAAGAAUAUAUUUAUUAAGGUGCGGAUAAAAGUUUAAAAAAAUGCACAAAUGGUGGGCGCAGAGAGGGUGUAAAUACUACGUAAUAAGAGGCUGCCUGAGUGAAAAUUGAAAUUUAGUUUAGUAUAAAACGUGCAGUGAGAUUUGACAUACCUAAGAUUGAAGAUAGUAAUUACAAUCACAAGUAUAAUCCGGCUAAGUUUGAAAGCGAACACUUGCUUAAAACGUAAUGGAUUUCGGCUAUCUCCGUUUUUUACAAGAUUAUAGCCGUCACCUGUCAAUCUAUCAAUGACUGCACGUUUGAUACAAUCGAGUGAGUGAAUGGAUUUUUUAACCGACUUCCAAAAGGAGGAGGUUAUCAAUUCCAUCAGUAUUUUUUUAUGUAUGUACACCGAUAACUCUGAGAUUUAUGAUCCGAUUUACGUAAUUCUUUUUUUGUUUGAUGCGAAAUAGAUGCCACUUGGUCCAGGUGAUGCCAAUUUUACAUAGUUUGGCCCGUAGUUAUGAACAAUUAUAUGAAAAUUUUCGUCUACCUGGAUGACUUAAUUGUUUUCUGUGUACGGCUUUUUUUGGAGUUUUCAUGCAAGUUGACUAUAAAUUAUUAUUAACUAACACUAAAACGUAAAAAAUAAAAAAAAACUACGUUUAAAAAAACCAACUUCAAAAACUGAAAAAUAUCAAACAACUAAAAAUUUAAUUUAAUACACCUCUUAUGCAAACCUUUAGCUUUAAUAUUAAUAAAAUACUAUUAUUUGUAUGUGCUACAUAUUGAUAGCUUUGAAGUCGGUGCGAAGCCAAAUGUAAUAAAGGUACCUACACUCGCCACGCGUGACUUUGAACGGGAUAGCUUCGUCUAGAAAAAAACAGCCCAAGCGGACAGAAACGCAAGGCCAAACAACCUAAAUAAAUACAGUAAGUAAGCUGUUUAUAAUAUUAAGUUUUAUUUUGUUUAGGGCUUGGCACUUAGUUAAAACCUAUCAAUAGGUAGCACGUAUAAAUAAUAGUAUUUUAUUAAUAUUAAAGGUAAAGGUUUGCAUAAGAGGUGUAUUAAAUUAAAUUUUUAGUUAUUUGAUACUUUUCAGUUUUUGAAAUCGGUUUUUUUAAACGUAGUUUAUUUUUUAUUCUUAGAGUUUCGCUAGGCUGGGCCGGCGUUGCCUGCCGCGCAUGCGCGAAGUUAGACAAUGCGUAUGCGUUUAUUGAAAUAAAACAAAAAUCCUUACAAUUUUAAAUUCCUCGUUCUAUUCUACGCUCGUAGAAAAAACAAUAUUGUAAUAAAGAAGGUAUUAAAUACAAUCAAUAAAAUAUUAUUAUACCGCAUAAUUUUGUUAAAUAACGUAUAAUUAAUUAAAUAUCAUUAAAUUAUUUUUAUACAAUUAGCGAGAUAUGCUUUUUUUUUAUUUUAAAAAUUAUUGAAAUUUAUUUAACUCUCGUACAUUGGUUGGGGUUCAGUAGACGUAUGAGAUGAGGCUUGGAAGGUGUAGUUGACCAGCUAACGUCAGGGUGUCGAGUUUGCGUGACGGUUGGAUCAAAAACUGUGACAUAAUUUGGGAAGAUAAAAUAACUUGUUUUAUAACAUUGUACAUAGCCUGCACUCAUCCUAAGAAACAUCUUUAAUAUACGUCAUUAUGUAACUGAUUGUCAACCACACACAUUGGAUUCUGAACAAGAUCUCAAAACAAAAUACAAAACAAUAUUUAAGACUUAGAUUACGGAUUGGUUUUCGCUGCGCUCCAACUAGAUGCCGCAGGCGUAGUCGAAAAGUACGGCAAUGCUACGAACAAUGUAUAACGUUGACGUACCACAAUAUGUUCUGUUAAACUUUGAUAAUAAUUGAAACUGAAAUGCCGGGUUGCGUAGUAAAACUUUGCAAAAAUAAUACUAAAAAAAAUAAGAAAGACACUGGGAACACAUAUCAUCAGGAAGUAUUUGUAUUUUAUUCAUUUCAAUGUAAAAUAACACGAAGCGUAUGUUAAUAAAUUUGAAAGAUGCCAUUGAGUGUCAAGAUGCCACGCACACAAGCAUCUAAUAGUUGCCGUAAUAAAAAGCUAUUGUUCUAGAUAGUUCGGCAUCUAAUUGGAGCGCAGCGGACCAAUACUUAAUCUAAGAUUUAAGAUUAUUGCAACAAAUUUAAUAUAUCAUAUGUUAAUGUUUAGCACAUAAUUGUGCUAUCAUUGAAGUAUAUGAAGCCUUACCCCCUUAUUCAUAAUAGUCUGCUAACUUAAAGCAUUGCUAAUUCUCACUCUGUCUUCUUCUAUUGACCUAAGUCAGAAUGAGAAAAAACACUCCUUAGCGGCUGUUUAAAGUUAGCGGACCAUUAUGAAUAAGGGGGUUACUCGCUUUUAAGCUACCUAAUUGUCUGUAAUACCUAUGUAAAAUAUGAGUAAAAUUAGUAAUAAGAUAAAAUACUCGUAUAUAUUAAUUACAUUGUAGAGUUGACUGUGACUAAUGUUAGAAUCACCUUUAUCGACUGUAUUUGUUUAUUAUAUCUACUUUUGAUUCAUAAAUUAAACUUACAUAUUACUUUUGUAUCUUUAUUUUAAGACAAUAUAGUUUUGUUUAGGUGUAAAGUAAAGUAUCAUAAAUAUACGUAAAAUACUGUAAAUAUUCAGAAUCAAUAAAAUACAUUUUAAUUCAAUCAUGUAUAGAAUUAUUAUAUGAGUAUAGAGAAAAACCAAUAGUGCCUUUAAAAAUCGAUUGAUUAAUUGUACAUAAUUUAUUAUAUUAUUGUUAGGCAGUCUGAUUUUCAACUACUCAAAGAAUAAAGGUAAUGAUUAAAAUUAAAAUAACAUUCACAGGGAAGAUUAAACAUAAAAGAAGUAAAAGUAACGUAAAAUUUUUGUAGAAAAUGAUGAUAUGAGAAAUCUUAUAAAGUUGUAGUUUUGUUAGCAAUAUUCUGCGGUAAAUUUACCAUUAUUCAACGAUCUUAAGAGUAUUCUCAAUAUUCCGACGUUAUUUCAAUAUAAUUAUCCACAAUGUAUAUGAUAUAGGAGGUCGAUAAUGGCCUGAACUGUUUCGAGAAAAAAAAUUUAGCUGCUUUUGCUCGACUUGGCGAUUCUUAACCGAGCGUCUAAUAUAUACAGGUUGUCCCAAAGUUAUGGGACAUGAAGGGAAAGUACCUUAAAUAUCGGUAGGGUAUUUUACUGAAAGCACACUUUAUGUUAUUUUUAAAAGUUAGUAACUCUGCAUUCAAAGAUUUUCUAAAAAUUACUUGCCGAUCUACGAUUUUUAAGGUACUUUCCCUUCAUGUCCCAUAACUUUGGGACAUCCUGUAUAAUACUCUGCGACCUUUGUACGCAACGACGUACGACUCGUCGGAACGUUGGCUGUUUUUGAACAUACAGAAAAAUUAAAAAUAAGUAAUUGAAGGUUAGAUUAUUAAUUACCACAUUACAUACAUAUGGCUGUAUGGGCUCAACCCCUUUGCAUGUCCUAAUAAUGGACGAAUAAACCAAAGACCGGAAAAGUGACAUCCUGCCGUAACAGACUUCCGUUACGCCAUCUUGCCGUAACCGACUUCCGUUGCAUUGUCGCCCAGUUACCUCGUAGUCGCGCCUAAAGAAGUUUUACUUCAAAAAGCCUAGAAUAAUGGUAAAUAGCCUGUUACAUAUUGUUAACAAAAUUAUUUAAACUAUGAAAUCAUUACUAAUACUACUACAGUUUUUAAAUUGUGAAUUGUUAAGUUUAAUUUCAGUGGUUCUUGAUUUGGACGUAAUGUAAUGUAAUUAAGUUAGUAGAUGGUAAAAUUUAUCAUUUCUCAUUAAGUUAAAAUUAAUUAUUUUUAGUUGCUAUUCCAUUCCAAAGAAAAUUUGUUAAGAAGGUAAAUAAAGUCAUUUUGUUAUUUUCUUAGUUAUCCUGUAAAACAUAGUUUAAGUUAUGAAUUGACUGAAAAUAUAUCUAUUACUGUCAUAUGUUUAUUGAUUUUACGCUUAGAUUAAUUAUUGGUCUCCGCUGCGCUCCAACUAGAUAGCGCAGGCAUAGUCGUAAAGUGCAGCAACUAAUACUACGCCCGUAGGCGUACUCGAGCCAGUCUAGCCUAUUCUAUUUUUCCUACUGUGGCUUCUGUUGAAGAUACACCACAGAUUUGCCAGUAUCACGUUAAGGCGAAGAGUAAGCAGAAAACAUGCAAACAAGGUGUUUUUAGACAAGUUUUUUGAUGAAAAUAUAGCAUUUCGAGCUAUGAACACUACUUAAUCCUGUUACACAUAUACUUAAGUCUUAUUUGUAGGUUUCUAAUGCUUGCUGUUGGUUAUAGUUUUCACUCCAGAGCCUGAUUGAACUACCACUUCUCCUUGCAGUUAAACAAGUUUUUUGGCAUGGCAUGACGCAUCUUUUUAGUACAGCUCUCAGAAAAGUUAUUCUUAUAGCUUAACUUUUUUGUGUAGGUAUAUUUAUUCAGAUUAGUAAUGAAUAACGAGGAUUGUAAGCAUAUAAACUGUUUUCCACGCAAGAAUUUUAAAAAUAUUGGCUUUGUUACAUAGAUGGCGGGCCGGAAACCGUGAACUCAUAUCGCUCAAGGUCGCUGGCAUUUAGUGUCGCCUUAAAGUAGACUACCAAGCUUUGAAUAUGUGUCUCCUAAGUUUAACGGUAAUGAUCGGUGUUAAGAUUACAUAAAGUUUUAUUUUCUUAUAAUAUCUGAAACAAAUAAUAUACAUGCUCUUAGACUAUGAAGGACAUACACAGAUAGAAUUACGUAAAUGGUGAACAAUGUGUGACGUUGACGGUUAAAGAAUUUUAUUUCUCAUAAGAAUUUUACAAAUUCACUUUUAGAGGAAACAAUUUGAUAACUUAAUUUUAAAAGUAAAUGAGGUUGGCGUGUCACAAUGUCAUGUUCUGUCAAAAUUUUAAUUAAUAGGCAUAAAAAGGCAUUUAUUUUCUCAAAAAAUGAUUCCUCUCGAAUUCUUUUUGAUGUCAUUUCUAAUAACUACUAGAUACUACUACCGCUUCGGAAACAAAUGGCGCUCUGAGAGAGAAGAAGUGGCGCAAGAAACUCUCCCAGCAUUCUUUUUUUGCGUUAUUUUCAAUAAUUAUUAAUUUCAAUGUAGAAUAACAUGAACCGUAUGUUACAAAAUUUGAAAGAUGUCACAAGCAUCUAAUAGUAGCCGCAAUAAAAAAGCUUUCGUUCUUAGGUAGUGCGGUAUCUAGGUGUAGUGCAACGGAGACCAACCCUUAAUCUAAGAUUUAACCUAUUAGUUACUAUUUGCCCUUAGAUAAUUUAUACGUCUACAUAAACAUUGACAGCUGUCAAAACAUCAAUAAAAAUUGAGGUUGACAGUGCUAUUUUGACCAAUGCACACUAGCACAAAGUGACAUACAAAUCGCGAGUGUAAGAAGUAGCUUGUCACGCACACUAAAGUAAUAAACCUGGCCUGUUUUCAUCGGUUGUCUUUUAGCAAGAGGCUCUGUUUAGACGUAUAAAUUUUCUAGUCUUUGCCAUUACUUUGGCUGUGAAGCUUAUGAAAAUUGUUAUCCAAAUAUUUAAUUAAAGUUUAUUCUCUGGUUUA